GCCAACCUCCUUCCUCAUUUUUUUCUUCUGAUAAUUGCAUCCCGUCUGCCAUCGUGUCUCAACAAAUCCAUCACCGUCUGCCGUGGUUGUGGUCUCGUUUCCUCUACCCUCACCUCGCAUCCUGGUGUCUCGUGUCCUCUGCCAUCACCUCCACAAAUCCACCGUCUGCCCUCACCUCUCGUCCCAUCGUCUUCGCGUCCUGACUCCACAAAUCCAUCAUCGCUUGCAGUUGGUUCGUAUCCUCUCGCGAUUCUCAGCGAAUCAAUCACUGUUGGUUCGUGUCCUCUCUCAAGGUCGAGCAUUUCUCUGUUCAAAUCUGCUGUGAACAAGCCCACCCUUAAACCCAAUCCUAUUCCUUCCUCACAGCUCCUUUCUCGCUCAUUUCUUACAUCUCCAAGGUCAGUUCCUCAGUUGGAUGCUCUCCAAUCUCUGCUUCCCUUGCACUCGGCGGUCUCUUCAGCUCGGUUAACUUCGUGCCUCGGCAUCGAUUCGAGGAGCUCCCGCUCGUUGUCUCUGGAUAUCUUGUGUAGGAAAAUGAGUGCCAAUCGACAGUGGAUGUAUAAUAGGCUCAAGGAUGGGUUGCUGAAUAUCGAAUUUAUGGUUUAGAUCAUAUGGGAUCAGAUCAUGUGGAAGGAGAUGGAGGAACUAUUAAUGAGAAUCAUUUGUUCAUUACUGCAGCGGGAGGAUGGCAAGGAAGUCGAGUUUAUGGUUUAGGUAGUGCUGCCUCUUCCGCCUUCUCUCAAACAGGAACUGGGGGAGCAUCAACAAAUGUUCCAUCAUCCCAAUCACCAGAAUGGAGGAAGGAAAUUGAAGCAAAGUUUGAAGAGAAGUAUAGUAGUUUGCAAAAACUUGUAGAGGACCAAAAUCAGAUGAUAGCUCAAAUGCGUGAUGAACUAAGGGCAGCGAAGAUGGGACAACAGUCUUCCUCAUUGAUGCCAUCAUCAUCUGAUAUUCAUCCUGGUGAUUCAUAUAUGGAUUAGCAUGAGGCCAUUUCUCACUGACUUAAUAUAUUUUAUGAUAUGAAUUUGACACUAUUUGGAUCUAUUAUGUAUUUUGAUAUAUUUUAAGUUUCUUAGUAUCGAACUAUAUUAAUGUUUUGGACUUUUAGAUUGCAAAAUUAUGAAAUGAAGUUGAUGAAGUUGAUGUGUAUAUAUUGUCUUCGA